AUGACAUUGGCAUUGUCGAGGAUAGAUUACACGACGGUGGGGGUCACUUCACGUGGCACAACCAUCAUAUUUCCGCCUUAUGAAGGGAUGAUGAAGCAACCACAAAAGUUCGCCGUUGCAGAUCACGACGGCGUGCUGCAUAUUUAUGGCAUGAAAAAAGGGGAGCUGCAAUUGUCGUUUAAAUCCUUGCCUGGCUCAAAAAUUAAGAAAAUGGUUCUUGGUGGCUCAAUAGGUAUGUUGAGGGAUAAAAUUUUCCUUGCGUACGGCAGCUCCGUGAAGGGAUUCACGAGAAAGGGCAAGCUGUUCUUAGAGUUCGAUACCAGUCUUAUAGAUCCAAUUUCCACGAUGUACGUCCUCGGUCCUGAUCUCGCGGCGUGCGCGCGUGAUCUUUAUCACCGGUACAGAGACUGCAAAGAUGCCGAUUCGUACCUGACUGGAGAAACCUUGCACGACGUAGUGCUCUUGCCCGGAGACGGCAACAUAGUAUACGCUAUUUUAGCCUGUGCGGACUGCGCGGUACGUGUUUUGCACGGUACAAGAAGUCCAACGGUUUUAAGAUUGCCGAGCGCUCCUACGGUGCUUUCCAUAUACAGAGAGGGAGAAAUAUACUCGAAGGACCGCGUUUUGGUUGGUACCGCGGAUGGCAGAGUUGGAUUGUUGAUCCUUCAAGGUAACAAAACUCUCCGAAUUACCUGGCUGUUGACUUCGACAGGCUCGGGAAUCACUUCGUUGGAUACAUAUGAGCUGCAAGACGGUAUAGACAUCCUUGUUGGUCGGCAGGAUGGAGUCGUCGAGGUGUACACGUUUCCUGACGAAGAUGUAUCGUCCAUUCUGCGCUAUCACUAUAACGCUGGCGAGAGUAUCAGUACAGUCGUCGGUGGGAUAAUCGGCGUCGCCAAUUAUCCUGAGGUUCUCGUCACGACUUACUCAGGACGAGUAUUUGGAUUGACUACCAGUCCUCCUGGUUUACUAGAAGCGGGACAGAGCGAUAUCGGAUUGGCCAGGUUGAAGCUAGAAAUACAACAACUGCAGGAGAAACUCAAUGAGGAGAAGGAUUCCAAUUUCGUGCCGGACCCUUUAGCACCCUUGAUAUUAGCAGUAAAUCAUAAGAUGGAGUUGCACAAAGAAGAUGCUUCGUAUUCCCUGUCUGUAGAAUUAGACGCGUCGAUUGACAAUAUUCUAAUACAAUCCGAUACACCCAUCGACCUGUUGGAGACAGAGAACAAUAGCGCAGUGGUCAGCUUAUCCGCUUGCGAUCCUAGAGAGAGCAAUUUCAUCCUUGCUACUUAUCGAUGUCAAAUUAAUACAAAUCGUCUAGAAAUGCGACUAAGAUCCAUCGAGGGUCAACCAGGUACAUUGCAGAUAUAUGUAACGUCCCAGGUACAACCGAAACGUUGCCGUAAAAUUACAGUUCCUAUUUACGCUUUAUCUCUGCAUGUCAGACUGCAUGAAGAUGAUAACAUCACAUCCAGUGGUCCGUUUAAUGAAUUGAAACUAAAUGGCCAAUUCACCAUUGCCGAAAUGCACGCGUGGUUAUCUUUAGCGUUACCAGACGUGCCCGAGAGGCCUCAUAUUAACGAGGGUGAAGCUGUUUUAAUAUAUAUUUCGUCCUUUAUCGGCACAAUUCUCAAAUGCAAAUAUAAAAAAGGGAGUGCGCUUUUUCUUGGCGAGAAUAUAUCCACUAUCAUAAUUCUUAGAGACAUCUUGACGAAGGAGGCAACGAAACGAAAGCUAAAGCUAGAUGUAUUCUGCGAGGUAGCAGAAGGAAGCAUAUCUAGAGUCUUGGAGUUAAUUCUUCCGCGUUUGAAUGCGGCCUACGAUUUAAUUCAAAAGAUAAAAAUUCUGGAUGCUCUCGAAGAAUGGGAGCUCCAGUCCAAUCCGAGGGAAAACUUAUGUUCCGAGUAUCAAGAGUUGUUGGAGAAAGAAACGGAGAUCAGAUCGCUUAUGGCGAAGGACACUGAACUCCUGAACAGGCUGCAUGCUAUCAUUACCGAUUUAUAUGUAGAUUGGGAACGAGCGAAGCGAUCUCGAAGAAUCAGUGGCAAGGAGGCUACGGCGAAGCUCCAAGAUGCCCUCGAAUCUAAAGAUCUAGCUACCAUCUUACAAAUUUUCAUCGGUAAAACCGACGUGAGCGUGCCGACUCUAAUACCUGCGGCUAUUUAG